GCACCCCUCGGUUGAGAAACGUCAUCUACGAUUCUGCCAGACCUGUGUAAUACUGAACUUUGGAAAUAUACCUUCCUUCUUGUACGACACCUCAAGCUAAGCGGACGUCUCUUCCCUCCGAAAUACUGAUUGUUUCAGUGGCGACGUAGGAAAAGUGAGUUGGAAGUUUAGCGGCGUUCCUGUUCUUGGCCGGGCUUUUGCCGUUUGUUUCCUGGUUUUUCCCGGAUUAUCCCCGGCGGAACGGACUUCAGUUUCGGUAGAGAAAGGUGCGUUUGCGGACAUCAGGUUUCGGAGAAGACGUGUAGCAGCGUUUGGACGUUUUGCGGGUUUCCUGCGUGGUUUUUCAACGAGGUUUUGACGGGUGAAGUAACCUAAAAACUACGUAAGUACAAUUACGUUUUGCUACGAGAAGGAGACCACGUUUUUGAGAAAAUUGCGUUUGUCAUUUUGUUUUCGCCAUUUUCUUUUGCCUAGCAAGCAAGAUAAUAGGCGGCAGUGUUCUUUUGUGCUGAUACAUUUUACACACACUAUCACACAGCGCAUAAGAUACACACACUGCAAGUUGUGCUACAUUUUUGUGUUGCACGGGGUUGUUGCACGAGUUGUCGCACUGUUGUUUAUGCUCUGUGCGACAUUUGAAUUUUAAUUUGUGCGUUUUUCGUUUGCAACUUUUAGUUUUGUGUUGCUUUUAGUUUGAGAACGAUUUUGUAUCUCAGUUUUGUUUUAUUUUGCCAUGUCAGACUCCAAGAUGCCUUUCAACAUCGAGCCUUUCAUCCCGGGCACGGUUCCAUUCUCGCAGUUCCUGGAACAAUUGGAAUGGGUGUUUGCGCAUCACAAAGUGACAGAAGACAAGGACAAGAUGACGUCGUUCAUGGCAGCAUGCAAUCGUGAGGUUUAUAAGGAAAUAAAACGUUUGUUUCCAAGUAAGGACCUCAAACAGCUUACGUUCAAGGAAAUCACCGACGCCUUGUUGAAGCGCUACGAUAAGCAGGUUGCCGGUUUUAUCCAGCGGUUCCAAUUUUACAACCGCAAGCAAGGGCUGUACGAAUCGGCGGAAGAUUUCAUUCUGGAUGUCAAACAGCACGCGGAGCUGUGCGAUUUUGGUGCUUUUAAGGACGUUGCGAUCCGCGACAGGCUGAUCUGUGGGAUGGCUGACUCUGUGUUGCAGGAGAACAUGUUUGACGAGGAUGAUUUGUCUCUUGCCCGAGUCGAGAAGUUGAUUAUGAACCGUGAAGCCAACAACGCGAGGAAGAAGCUGAUUUCUGGUGAAUCGAGGCGCGCAAGUGUGUUGAAUCGACUGGGUCGACGUGAUGGUGCAGCCCCGGAUAACAGGAAUCGAUCUCGCAGCAGAGGACGCGAUCUGCGGGGACGGAGUCGGAGUCGUUCUGGUUCGUUUGACCGCAGAAAGCGUGAAGCAUCUAAGAAAAAGUUUUUCUGUACGUUUUGCCGUCGUAAUGGCCACUCCAGAUCUUACUGCUACGAUUUGCCCAAGAACAAGAAGCAUGUGAAGUUUGUUGAUGAGCAGCCAGCAGCGAAGCAGCAGUCGGCUAGUCAACAAAAACAAUCGCGCGACAAGUUUAAUCGGUCGUUUACUGAUGAUGAGUGCGACAUGCAGUGUUUAAGCAUCGCAUCGGUAAACAAAGUCAACGAGCCGUGUUUUAGAAAGGUUGUUGUUGCAGGAUUGUUGUUGUCGAUGGAGGUUGACUGUGGUGCGGCUGUCUCGGUGGUUUGCUGGUCUACUUACAGCCAGAUGUUUAACCACAUUCCGUUAGAGAAGUGUAAUAAGAAGCUCGCGGUUAUCAACGGCAGUAGUUUGAAGGUCGAGGGACAGUUUUAUGUCCUGGUGGAAUUAAACGGCAAACGACAGACAGUUUCUCUGAUUGUUUUGAGAAGUUUCAACGAGUUUGUACCUCUGUUAGGUCGUGAUUGGCUGGACGUUUUCUUCCCUGGAUGGCGCAACACGUUUGGAGAUACCUGCCAGGUGAAUCAACUAGCGACUGCGGCGGACCAAGUUUUAGCUGAUGUUGAAAUGUGUAUUCCAGAUUGCGGUCUUCGUGGCGGAGGAGGAGGAGGACGGGAAAUAUGGUUUACUCGGCUGGCCAUUCCGGAAGACAGGACGGGAAGGAACCAGUUCGCGAUCGUGGAAGCGGUUGGUGUUUGGUGUUUCACCGUCCGCGGGAGGUUGCGACGCAUAUCUUAUGGAACUGCUUCAGCUCAAGGUAGGCCAAUAUCCGAGUCCAAGCUGUACCGAUUCAUACGGUACGCCACCGGUCACUUCCGAAUACCCCAGGACGGUUCCGGAUGGAGGUUUCGACGCGCGACAGCAGUGUAAC